UCAGGCCCCGCCCUGCGCUCGCUCCCGCGGGAAUCCUGGAGCCCCAGGCGGCCCGGGGGCGGUCCGGCGGCGUCGGCGAUGGGGCAUAAAACCGCUGGCUACCUGCCGGGCUGCUCCUGCCUGCGCUGCCGUCCCGGGCCCACCGUGCCUCUGCGGCCCGCGUGCCCGGAGUCCCCGCCUGUGUCGUCUCUGUCGCCGCGUCCGUCUCCUGCCAGGCGCGGAGCCCUGCGAGCCGCGGGUGGGCCCCAGGCGCGCUGACAUGGGCUGCCAGGCCAAAGCGCGCUGGGCGGCCGCGGCGCUGGGCGUCGCGGGGCUGCUGUGCGCGGUGCUGGGCGCUGUCAUGAUCGUGAUGGUGCCCUCGCUCAUCAAACAGCAGGUCCUCAAGAACGUGCGCAUCGACCCCAGUAGCCUGUCCUUCAACAUGUGGAGGGAGAUCCCCAUCCCCUUCUAUCUCUCCGUCUACUUCUUCAACGUCAUGAACCCCAGCGAGGUCCUGAAUGGCGAGAAGCCGCAGGUGCAGGAGCGCGGGCCCUACGUGUACAGGGAGUUCAGGCACAAGACCAACAUCACCUUCAACGACAAUGACACCGUGUCCUUUCUCGAGUACCGCACCUUCCAGUUCCAGCCCUCCAUGUCCCACGGCUCGGAGAGCGACUACAUCGUCAUGCCCAACAUCCUGGUCCUGGGUGCGGCGGUGAUGAUGGAGGACAAGCCCAUGAGCCUGAAGCUCAUCAUGACCUUGGCGUUCAGCACCCUCGGCGAGCGCGCCUUCAUGAACCGUACUGUGGGGGAGAUCAUGUGGGGCUAUAGCGACCCCCUCGUGAACCUCAUCAACAAGUACUUUCCCGGCACCUUCCCCUUCAAGGACAAGUUCGGGUUAUUUGCCGAGCUCAACAACUCCAACUCUGGGCUCUUCACGGUGUUCACGGGGGUCCAGAACAUCAGCAGGAUCCACCUUGUGGACAAGUGGAAUGGGCUGAGCAAGGUUGCCUUCUGGCACUCCGAUCAGUGCAACAUGAUCAAUGGAACUUCUGGGCAAAUGUGGCCGCCCUUCAUGACUCCUGAGUCCUCGCUGGAGUUCUACAGCCCCGAGGCCUGCCGGUCCAUGAAGCUGACGUACAAGGAGCCGGGGGAGUUUGAAGGCAUCCCCACCUACCGCUUCGUGGCUCCCAAAACCCUGUUCGCCAACGGGUCCACCUACCCACCCAAUGAAGGCUUCUGCCCUUGCCGAGAGUCUGGAAUUCAGAACGUCAGCACCUGCAGGUUCAGUGCCCCCUUGUUUCUCUCCCAUCCUCACUUCCUCUACGCUGACCCGGUCCUGGCCGAAGCAGUGACUGGCCUGCACCCUAACCAGGAGGCACACUCCUUGUUCCUGGACAUCCACCCGGUCACUGGAAUCCCCAUGAACUGCUCGGUGAAACUGCAGCUGAGCCUCUACAUGAAAUCCAUCAAAGGCAUUGGACAAACUGGGAAGAUUGAGCCGGUGGUCCUGCCGCUGCUCUGGUUUGCAGAGAGCGGGGCCAUGGAAGGGGACACACUGCACACGUUCUACACCCAGCUGGUGUUGGUGCCCAAGGUGAUGCACUAUGCCCAGUACGUGCUCCUGGCACUGGGCUGCAUCCUGCUGCUGGUCCCUGUCAUCUACCAAAUCCGGAGCCAAGAGAAAUGCUAUUUAUUUUGGAGUAGUAGUAAAAAGGGCUCAAAGGAUAAGGAGGCCAUUCAGGCCUAUUCUGAAUCCCUGAUGACAUCAGCUCCCAAGGGCUCUGUGCUGCAGGAAGCCAAACUGUAGGCUCCUGAGGACACCAUGAGCCAGCCAGGCCUGGCCGCUGGGCCUGACCGGCCCCCCAGCCCCUACACCCCGCUUCUCCUAGACUCUCCCAGCGGACAGCCCCCCAGCCCCACAGCCUGAGCCUCCCUGUGGCCCGCGCCUGUUGGACACCCGCACACAUGCUGGCACACGCACACGCACACGCGCGUGCAGACACACUCAGGGACGGAGCUGCUGCUGAAGGGACUCGCAGGGAGAGGUGCGUCGACAAGCACCGUUCUGGAACCUUCUCUCCAUGUGGCCCACAGGCCUGACCACAGGGGCUGUGGAUGCCGCGUCCCCUUCCUUGGGUGAGCCUGGCCUGUCCCGUUCAGCCGCUGGGCCCAGGCUUCCUUCCCUUCAGGGUGAACACUGCCCCACGCAGGUGGGCCAGGCUGGGAGUGCCGGCUUCCUGUGCCAAAUUCAGUGGGACUCGGGCCCUGGCCGGGAGCUCUGGCCUUGGUCCACCUGCCCUGCCAGGUGAAGCACCUUCACCCAGGCCUCUGAAAACAACAGGGUGAGCACAAGGUGCCCCACGCAGCUGCCCAGGGGUUCCCACCCACCCUGGCCGGACUUCGGUCUCCCCGACGUCUGCACAGGCACGGCAGCGGGUGUCUGGCGUCCUUUGCCUCCAGCCUAUACUGACAUCAUCCUAUGGACUAAGCCGACCACUCCCUGGCUGAAGUGGCAGUGGGCUGUGCCCCCAAGAUGCCCCCACCCCCGCACAGAGUCCCUCAGAUUUUAGGUGCCCAGGUCGAGGUGGAGAGGCUGGGGGCCCUGCCUGCCAGGUGCUCCUGGACCCUGAGGGAAGCCUGUGACCCUUUUCUACUGGAAGAGAAAUGAGUUUUAUCGUCUUUGAAAAAUAAUUCACUAUUGAAGUAAUAAACCUUUAAAAAAAA